AUGUUUGAUUUAAAUUUAUUUGUUUAUUAGGUUUUUAUAUUAUUGAUUUGUGUGAAUAGCUAGUGUACAGGAAUAACAAAUCAACAAGAAUGCAAUUCAAAUGAUAAAUGCGAAUGGGAUUAUUGGAAACCCUCCUUAUGUCAGAGCAUUUGCAGUUAAUUAACUAAUUAAUAAAGUUGUAAUGAAGCGCCAGAUUGCAAAUGGCUUGCAGAUUCAUCUUCUUGCUUUAUUAAAAAGUGCUAAGAAGAAAACUCUGAAGACGUCUGCAAUCUAAUUGUAAUAUGGCUAAUUAAUUAAGGUUGCUUGCUAUUGGUACGACGGCGAAUGUUGGGAUUCCUCAUGUAUUUAAUUAUAGGCCGAAGAAAGGGGAAAGUGUCCGGUUGCUUAUUGCAUAUGGGAGGAAAAAAGGAAGUUGUGCUAUGAUAAGAAAUGCUCAGAUUAUACGAGUGAAUAUGAUUGCUAACAAAUGUCAUUUUGUUCUUGGUUUAAAUACAAAUGCAUAGAUAAUGGUUAGAAGAAACUUGAUUUUUGA